AUGAUGAAGACUAGAAAGGUUAUUAUGAACCUUAAAUCAAUUAAUAAAGACGCCGAUAUAAAAAUUGCUUAAUUAAAUGAUUUUCUAAACUUCCACUACACCUAAUUGAAAUAAUCUGAAUAAAAAAUUAUUUAAAUUCCAUUAUAUCCUCCUUUAAAGCUUCCUAAAGUAAAAAGAUUAUAUGUAGACGGAGUAUUUGAUUUGACUCAUUCUGGUCAUUUUAACGCCAUUAGAUAAGCUAAAUAACUUUGCGAAACUCUAGUAUUAGGAGUAGUUUCUUAGGAAGAAGUUCUGAAACGAAAAGGUCCUCCUGUCUUAAAUUACGAGGAAAGAGUAGGUAUAGCAAGAGCCUGUAAAUGGGUUGACGAAAUAUUCGAAAACGCGCCAUAUGACCCUUCUUUAGAACUUUUAGAUUAAUUAAACUGCUCUCACGUAGCACAUGGUGACGAUAUGAUUUUAUUACCUGAUGGAAGAGAUUAAUAUUGGGAAUUUAAAGAAAAAGGAAGGUUUGUAAUGUUUAAAAGAACAGAAGGAAUAUCCACUACAGAUAUAGUGGGAAGACUUUUAUUAAUGACUAAAACUGAGCCGAGCUUAAAUAUUAAAAAAAUUCGAAAAAUGUCAGGAGAAUAAGGCCUAGAAGCAAACGGUUCUUUUGAUAUGAUACAUAUAGGACAUAUUUCUACAUUGUAAAAAGCUAAGGAAUUUGGAAAUUAUCUUAUUGUAGGUUUACAUGAUGAUGAUGUAAUUUCUGAUAAAAAAGGAAAUAGUUUUCCUAUAUUAUCUUUGUAGGAAAGGGUUUUAUCAAUAUUAGCUAUUAAGUAUGUUGAUGAAGUUAUUAUUGGAGCACCUUGGGAUAUUAAUACAACUAAAAUUUAAGAAAUUUGA